AUGGUGGGAUUUGUGGAUCGGAUUCGAUGGAGUUUGCUUGCCAUUGCCGCGAUCUUACUUAUCCCGCGACCUGUCAAAGUUCUGGUUGGGGCUAGAGUAUCGGUUUUCCUACAAAUACGGUGCGUAUCUGUUCCGGUGAGAUGUCAGGAUUUGGUUCUACAGGUGUCACUGUCAGUAAUUUUGUUGUUCUACAUUAUCAUCAAGAAACUCAAACGAAGUGAAUAUGCAUUCUUUUGGAAACCUAAGACGGAGAACUACCGAAACAUUGAGGCAUUUCUGAAGAAUUGUGGGCCUCUUUCUCUAAAAAGAUACACUUAUUCUGACAUUAAGAAAAUUACCAAUUCCUUCGGAACUAAACUAGGUCAGGGAGGCUUUGCUUGUGUCUUCAAAGGAAAGUUAGAAAACGGAUGCCUCGUGGCAGUGAAGGUUUUGAAAGGGUUGAAAGACAAUGGAGAUGAGUUCAUUAAUGAGGUCGCAACCAUUAGUAGAACUUCUCAUGUUCAUAUUGUGACUCUUCUUGGGUUUUGUUUCGAGGGUUCCCAUAGAGUUCUCAUAUAUGACUUCAUGCCUAAUGGAUCUCUUGAAAAAUUCAUUCAUGAUGGCGGUUCCUUGACACAUUGUACCAAAUUGGAUUGGAAAGCAUUGUACCAAAUUGCAGUUGGUAUUGCCCGAGGGUUGAAGUACUUACACCGAGGUUGCAACACACGAAUUUUGCAUUUUGACAUAAAAUCUCAUAAUAUUCUUCUGAAUGAGGAUUUUUGCCCAAAAAUAUCUGAUUUUGGCCUUGCUAAACUGUGCCCACAAAAAGAGAGUAUCAUAUCAUUGUCGUGUGCAAGAGGAACAAUAGGCUACAUUGCACCAGAAGUAUUUAGUAGAAAUUUUGGUGGGGUUUCACACAAGUCUGAUGUGUAUAGCUAUGGAAUGAUGGUUCUAGAAAUGGUUGGAGCAACAAAGAACAUUAGUGUCGAGGUUGAUCGUAUGAGUGAAAUAUACUUUCCACAUUGGAUAUACAAGCGUCUUGAGCUAGAUGAAGAACUCGGAUUGCAUGGAAUUAUGGAGGAUGAGGCAAAUGCAAGUUCAAGGAAGCUGAUAAUAGUUGGAUUGUGGUGCAUACAAACUGAUCCUUCACACCGACCAUCGAUGAGUCGGGUGGUGGAGAUGUUAGAAGGGAGCCUGGAGUCUUUGCAAGUCCCACCCAAGCCUUUCUUGUCUUCUCCCCCAAGAGCACCGGUGGAUUCUUCCUCUCCACUCACGUCAUGACAUUGCGACAAUGCAUUCAUCCUUCCCGGGAAAAUGAAAUUUCCACUUCCCAUGAUCAAAAAAUGUGGAGCUUAAUUCCAAAUUAAAGGAUUUUCCUCAUGUUGUCAAAUCA